CAUUUUCCGCAUCCCGACUUUGCGCACCGAAGUUGUUGCUCUACACAUCCACAGCUUUUCAAUACCCCCGCAAGCACUAACCUCGGCUUUUAGAAUCACAUCAUCACCAAAAUGUCGGACUUUGAAGAUGACAUGGAUGUGGAUGCGCCCGUUGCAGACACCUCCAUCACGUUCGGCGGAGAUACGAAGAAGGGGAAGCGGAGCGCUGCGAACCUUCCGGUCGAAGCUGAAGACUCCCUCCCAUGGGUAGAGAAGUAUCGACCAAACUCGCUUGCCGACGUCGAAGGCCACCAGGACAUAAUAGCUACUAUCAACAAGUUCGUCGAUUCGAAUCGUCUACCCCAUCUUCUUCUGUAUGGCCCGCCCGGAACCGGUAAAACGUCGACAGUCCUCGCUCUGGCACGGCGGAUAUAUGGGAACAAGAAUAUGCGGCAGAUGGUGUUGGAGCUGAAUGCCUCAGAUGACAGAGGAAUUGACGUUGUCCGAGAGCAGAUCAAGACUUUCAGCAGCACGAAGCAGAUCUUCGCCGCUGCACCAAAGCCUGGCGAGGCUUCGUCACUCGCCACGUUCAAGCUGAUUAUCCUCGACGAAGCCGACGCUAUGACGGCGACCGCGCAGAUGGCUCUUCGAAGAAUCAUGGAGAAAUACACGGCUAAUACGAGGUUCUGCAUCAUCGCAAAUUACACGCACAAAUUGUCCCCGGCCCUUCUCUCGCGGUGUACGAGGUUUCGAUUCUCCCCGCUAAAGGAGGCCGAUAUCAGAAGCUUGGUGGAUAAGGUCAUCGAAGAAGAAAAGGUGAACAUCACACAGGAAGCUGUCGAGUCGCUUGUCACACUGAGCAAGGGUGAUAUGAGGCGAGCGUUGAACGUGCUGCAGGCAUGCCAUGCAUCCAGCACCCCACUGCAACCGCCCGGGCAGCCUGCACCCGAUCCCAGCACCAUCGAGCGGGACCAGAUCACACAGACUACCAUCUACGACUGCAUAGCAGCGCCGCAUCCCGCAGACAUCCAGUUCAUCUUGAACAUGCUGCUGGAAACGGGUGAUAUCACUCAGUGCUUGAGGACCAUCAACAAUAUCAAGAUGACGAAAGGCCUCGCACUAGCAGAUAUUCUGACUACACUGAGCGAGGAGCUGGUAAAAAACGACGUUCCGCCACAGACUAUGGUGACCUGGAUGUCAGGCCUCGCCGAUAUUGAGUACCGCCUCAGUGGCGGCGGCAACGAGGCAAUCCAAACUGGAGCGACCAUCGGCGUGGUGCGCACUGGCGUUGAGCUACUUGUGCAUGGAAAGAAGAAAUAGGUGCGAGGAAGAACGUCAAGGUCGUGGCGCCGAAGGGGUCACAUUGUAUUAGCUGGAGUAAGAGACAUGGACGACUGGCUUUGGAAGAGCGGAUUUUGAUACCACGAGUCGACUGCCCCCCACAUACGAACUUCUAUAUGAUACAUUCCCCGGGACCUGUACUCAUGUCCUUGUCUGAUCUUGUGCCAAUCUUAUCAAGGCGUCGUCGUUCCACUGCCAUCGUAGCAACAAGGGGCAAUGUUUGCACACUUGAUGAUCCGUCC